GCGCUCGCAGAUGCCUUGAAGUCCAACUGUACAGUCACCCACGUCAACCUCAAAAGCAACAUUAUCGGGGACGAGGGUGUCAAGGCACUCGCAGAUGCCCUGAACUCCAAUCGCACCGUCAUCCGCGUCGACCUCGAGUACAACUACGUCGGAGACCAGGGUGCCAAGGCACUCGCAGAUGCCUUAAAGUCCAACAGUACGGUCACUCACGUCAACCUCAAUUACAACGAGAUCGGAGACGAGGGUGCCAAGGCGCUCGCAGAUGCCUUCAAGUCCAACUGUACGGUCACCCACGUCAACCUCUAUGGCAACAGGAUUAGAGACGAGGGCGCUAAGGCACUCGCAGAUUCCUUGAAGUCCAACUGUACGGUCGCCGACAUGGACCUCGGAUUCAACGAGUUCGGAGACGAGGGUGCCAAGGCCAG